UAUAAGAAAGCAGAAGGACAUCUGCUUCACAUGUUCAUCGUGGGCUGCUCUAAUGACUGCCUCUGUGAGAAGACACUGAGCUGAGUAUCCUCCCAAACAAGUGAGACUGGGAAUCAUGAACGCCACGGAGACGAAGGGUUUCAAUGGGUCUGAGCGGUGCCCCAGAGACACGCGGAUCACCCAGCUGGUGUUCCCAGCCGCCUACACCCUCGUUUUCCUCGCCGGCAUCCUGCUGAACACUAUGGCCCUGUGGGUGUUCAUUCACAUUCCCAGCUCCUCCACCUUCAUCGUCUACCUCAAAAACACUUUGGUGGCUGACUUGAUCAUGACACUCAUGCUUCCGUUUAAAAUCCUCUCCGACUCCCGCCUUGGACCCUGGCAGCUCAGAGCCUUUGUGUGCCGUUUCUCCUCCGUCAUCUUUUACGAGACCAUGUAUGUGGGCAUCAUUCUGCUGGGCCUCAUAGCCUUCGACAGAUUCCUCAAGAUCAUCAGACCUUUUGGAAAAUAUUUUGUACAGAAACCUGCUUUUGCAAAAACGGUCUCAACCCUUGUCUGGUUGCUUUUGUUCCUCAUCUCUCUUCCAAACAUGAUCUUAAGCAACAAGGAAGCAACACCGUCAUCUGUAAAAAAGUGUGCCUCCUUAAAGGGCCCUCUGGGGCUGAAAUGGCAUCAAGGGGUGAAUUAUAUAUCACAGUUCAUUUUCUGGACUGUUUUUGCCCUAAUGCUUCUGUUUUACGUGGUGAUUGCAAAGAAAGUAUAUGAGUCUUACAGAAAGUCGAAAAGUAAAGACAGCAAAAACAACAAAAAGCUGGAAGGUAAAGUAUUUAUUGUCGUGGCUGUCUUCUUUCUGUGUUUUGCUCCAUUUCAUUUUGCCAGAGUUCCAUAUACUCACAGUCAAACCAACAGUAAGACUGACUGUAGGCUACAAAAUCAACUGUUUAUAGCUAAAGAAACAACUCUCUUCUUGGCAGCAACUAACAUUUGUAUGGAUCCCUUAAUAUACAUAUUUUUAUGUAAAAAAUUCACAAGGCUAUUACGUAUGAGAGGAAGGAAGACUGCGGCAUCAACCCAGGACAACCACAGUAGUCAGACAGACAAUUUAACCCUAAGCUGAUAACUUCAUUGUGGUUCACUUCCAGUUUUGGACUAGAUUUCAAAAAAACAUUUAUUUGGAAAUUGCAUUUAAGCAGUAAAAGGGGAUUAAAAUAAAUGCUUUCUUACACUUUAUCAUCCUGAUGUAUGGAAAGGAUUAUUUAAACUUUCAAUUUCACAUAGAUCUAUUCAUAAACAGAAUGAAGCAUCAUUAAAGAACACAACAGAAUGUAAAUGGGCAUUACAGAUCAUCUUUUCAAGGACAUUCACUUAUAUUUUAGAAAAGAUUUAUUGUGGAUAAAUAUAUAGUCCUUAAACACCCCCCCUCCAAAAUACCUUCUCACAUUCUUUUACACACAUAAUCCAAACAAUAUUACCUAUUUUGUAUUCGGAAUUGUUGAUGCUUGCUGAUUAAAAAAAAAAAACAACAAAAAACCUUGAAAGUCCUUUGGUGAAACCUGAAAGCUCAGUGCUGAAAGACAGACUACUUGCAAAGUGCCUGGGGAGCCACAGGUGGUUCAAGAGAGCUCUGAAAACCCAGAUGAAGGAGAAUCCCCUUAAAAUUACAAAGAGCCUCUUCCACGCGAGCCCAGUGUACCAUAGGAGACACAAGCACUAUUACUAAGCCACAUAAAAUACUGUACUAUCAUAAUUUGCAUACAUGCCAAAUGUGUACAAUUCAAGGGUAAGAAUACUGUAUUAUUCUUCUUUAGAAUUCUCACUAUGCCCAGCAAAUACUCUGAUGGUGGUUGAAUAUGCCACCCACUCGGCAAAGCCUUCCUGGACCACACCCUCUUUUCCUACCUUCCACCACUGGUUAAAAUACUUACUUCUCCCACUGUUAGGGUAUGUGUUAGGGCCCUUACUGCAGAUUUCCCUUUAAAACUAGUUUGCUAUAUUCUUGACUGCAAAGGUGGUUAGGAAUUUCUAAGGAAAAACCACCUGUUUUGAAGACAAAAAACAUGUCUUUUUUUCUUGGUAAAUCCCACAAUACUCCCCACAGAUCUUGGGUUACAAAUGUUUUAAAUAGAAUAUGUCAAUACUCUGCUAUUCUUGCUACAUAUAUAAGAAGGGACUGCUGACCCACAACCAGCAACAUCUAUUCUGGUAUAUUUUUCAAAGGAUGGAGCCCUACUUGUACUUAUUAACCUCCAUAUUUUUCCCUGAGUACCUUUUGUAGUUCAAAAAAACUACACUCACUUUGGUAUUGUGGAUGCUGGCUUACAACUUUUAGAGAAAAUGCCCCAAAGUAGUGCUCUCUAAAUGUGCGUCUAGCUCCAACAUUAUCAUCGGAAGGUGAAUCUCAGGUCUCUUUCUAUGCCCUCAAGGCCCCCCAUGGCCCUGGAACCUGCCUACCUUUCUGGCCUUAUCUAACUGUUCUUCCAUGCCUGGAACUUCACGCUUGUCUAUGAACUUGUAACUGUAGGAACAGGCCACGCUCCUCUUUGUCCCUGUGCCACCACACAGGUAAAUUUACUUCCAACUCACCAAGAAAACUUCACCCAUCCAUGAAACCCUAGGCUGCCAUCACCUAGUCCAAGAAAUCCCAUCUGGUCAACCUCCUACCACCAUCUCCAACCCAAUCAGUCCCUCGUCUGUAAAGCCUCAAUUACUGUGCUUAUCACACUACCUUGUAAUUACUUGUUUGCACAUGUACCUACUCUUUUAACAACCUACGUAUACUUCUGAGGGCAGAGAUUGUGCCUCCUUGUGCAAUCAAUAAAUAUUUAAUAAAUAAA